AUGAAGGAGAAGAGAAAAAUGAUCAAUUCAAUGUCAACCAAUAUGCAUUCUUCACAGACAGACAAUAUAAUCAAACAGGUCAAGCACAAACCAGUAAGAAUAACACGCAAAGCAAGAAAUUUUAUAUAUGUGGCAAAGAAGAAUGACGUUCAUGGAAGCAUACCGAUGAUGAAUGCAAAAGAUCAAAGGCAAAGUUUCGAACUUCACUUAAAGAAAAGUUACAGUCUCAAUUUGUUGAUGGCAAUCUGUCAGAGCAGCAUGUAG